AUGUUUACCAACAAGCUGCUGACCCUGGUGCUGGUGGUGCAGCCUGGACGGGUGCUGCUGGGCAUGAAGAAGAGAGGGUUCGGAGCAGGGAAGUGGAAUGGGUUUGGUGACAAAAUCCAAUCUGGGGAGACUAUUGAAGAGGCUGCCAGGCGGUGAGAUUGGUUGCAGUCCUCGGUAGUUGGAUGUGUCUUGAAAUUUUUUUUUUCCUACAGUUUUGUUUAACAAUUUGCAUGUAAAAUCAUGUAAACAGAUUCCAGCACUGGGCAGUAUCUAACACGGUAUAUAUACCCUCAUACAUGUCAUAUUGUGACAUUACAGUAGGCAUGGUCUGACUAUUUCCUGUUAUGAGGCCUGCUAUCUAGUUUUUUCCUACUUUGGUCUGAAGGCAACACACUUUCCUGCUACUUUCUCUCUACUUACAAACGUUGUUCUCUCCAGAGAACUGCAGGAGGAAAGUGGCCUCACAGUGGAUGCACUUGAUAAGAUUGGAAAUAUCACAUUUGAAUUCAUCGGAGAAACAGAGCUGCUUGACGUCCAUGUUUUCCGAGCUGACAACUACAAUGGGGAGCCAACAGAGUCAGAUGGUAUUCAUUCUCAAUCAUUCUAUUUAGGGCCAGGAGUUUUGUGACCAGGAUAAACUCAUGGCCCAAUAGGCUAUAAUCGUAGACCCCAUAGUUUUCCUGGAAAAAACUGCUGACCCUAUACUACAUGCCUUUCUAUGGACAUUUCUUAGACUAAUGUCUGACGAAGCUCACUAACUUAUACUUUUUCUCUUAUAGAGAUGAGGCCACAGUGGUUUGACUCUGACAAGAUACCCUUCAGUCAAAUGUGGGUUGAUGAUGUUAUGUGGUUUCCACUGAUGCUUCAAAAGAAGAAGUUCUUGGGCUACUUCAAAUUUCUGGGUCAUGACUUGAUCAUCGAUCACAAGUUGGAGGAGGUAGACAAGCUUUGAGACAGACUACUGGCCUCCUCUGACUCAUUCAUACUGUAUCAAAGGUGGUCCUCUGUAGCUCAGCUGGUAGAGCACGGCGCUUGUAAUGCCAAGGUAGUGGGUGCGAUCCCCGGGACCACCCAUACACAAAAAUGUAUGCACGCAUGACUGUAAGUCGCUUUGGAUAAAAGCGUCUGCUAAAUGGCAUAUUAUUAUUCUCUCAUGUUGCCUACCUGCAGAAUUCCUACUGAUUCCAGCUACCCUUGUUCAUAUUCAGUGCCAGGAAAUCUCCAGAUCUUUGUAAAUUUACAAAUGCUUUUAGUUGCCAGUGAUAACCAUAUGCCUGUGAAUCAGUACUAAGAAUUCCCACUGAGCCAAAACUAAAUACUGGAUGUGUAAAUGUUGAUGACAUAUGUAUCCCAUUCCACUAUUGUGUUUGUUUAUAUUAAAUUGUUGAAGUAUGUGCUGCACCUCUUUUGUUACUUUCUCAAAAAGGUGGUAUGGUAAAUUGGAAUGACAAUGAUUUUGAUUGUUCAACAUCGUGUUUAAUUCAAUUUAGUAUCAUAAGGGUAAUAAUGAGACCGGUAUCUGAUACUUUUUAUUUAACGUCAAGUGAGAUUCAACAUAAAACUGUACAAUAGUUAAACUUUCCUGUAUCUACAUCCUUCACCUAGUUCCUCUUUUCUUUCUCAAAGAUCAUAUAA